GUCGGCCCCGCAGGCGCCGCAGCCCGCGCAGGCCUUCCGCUGCCUCUUCUGCCGGCUGAGCUUCGGCACCGAGCUCGAGAUGCAACUGCACCUCGCCGCGCACUCCAAGCAGUUCCGCUGCCCGCUCUGCCAGGAGGCCUUCCACGUGGAGUUCCUGCUGGACAAGCACCUGCAGGCGGCGCACAGCUCCCAGCUGCCGUCGGACGCGCUGCUCAAAGCGGGCGGCGGCGACCGGGCGGGCAGCGGCGCCUCGGAGCGCGCCCCCGGUGACGCCGACGCCGACCUCUCCGGCGGCCGC